AUGGCACCAAAGAAGCCUGCUGCGACGGCUGAAAUUGCCCUUAUUCCUCUCAAGAACUGUCUUGUCAAUCUACCGCCGUCGCUAGUCUCUCUACUGGUCAAUGCAAACACAACUGCUCAAAAUGUGAUUAUUGAAUUACAAUACAAGUCGAGCUCUACAAAGGCCAAUGGAGCUCCUCCGCAGCAAUCAUGCUUCCUCGGUUGGACGGGUAUGCCGAGCAAGCGCAGGCUUGCGCCAGUUGUUGGAAGGGACGGCAUUAACAGUGGUUCUUCCAGAGAACAGGAGAUAUCCACUGUUGAGCUUGAUACUACUUUCGGACGACUCCUUGGUCUCACUGAAGGCCAGAAGGUUGGAUUGUUCAUCCAUCUCGAUCCUCCCGUAGCGCAUACAAUUAACAUUGAACCAUUGACACCGGAGGACUGGGAAAUCAUCGAACUCCACGCCACAUUCCUGGAACUCAAUCUUCUGUCACAAAUUCGCGCAUUACCGAACCCUACAUACAAUGCAGCGCAAACAGAGCAUAUGCACCCGCUCGCAUUACAUCUAUCUCCCACAUCUACUGCGAAUAUUGUCGUCACUUCCCUUACACCCGUACCCUCAAACACGUCUCCUUUCGCCAAGAUUGCGCCCGAUGCCGAAGUCAUCGUGGCUCCGAAAGUCCGACCAAAAACAAGCAAGACCUCGCGCGCUGACAGUCGCAGUGCGUCUGGGAAUAGUAGGAAGAGCGCCGGGGGAAGAAGCGGCUCAAGCACAGUUCGUCCGAAGAGUGGACGGUCCGACUCCAGCACCCGAGGCUCCCUCUAUCUGAGAGGCGUUGAUCGCGCAGCGACCACUCAGCACUUUGAUGACGAGAUAGACGACGAUGCAAAUGAAGGCCUUCGCGUGUGGGUUGAUCCUGAUCUUCUAGCAAGCUAUGAGCUUCGCGGAGCAACCUGGGCAUGUGUUUCAGUUGUUCAACCAUCCGGUCUCAAACCCCCACCAGAUCCUCAACAACAGCUUGCUCAAGCCGAACAGCAAAAGUCCAAUGAUGCUGGAUCUCCUUCGACCAAACUCGUGGCUAAAUUGCUUCCAUGGGAAGAAGCCCCGGACAAUCGGCAUGCGGCGAUGUCCACCUUACUGUGCACGGCCCUUGGUGCGGAAAAUAUGGUUGGUGGGAUCGUCCGAGUCGAGGCAGCACCCCCACAGUUGCAUCGAUCAGCAGUAAAAACUCUCAAAGUCUAUCCAUUCAUCGGGGAUGCCUCGAAGAAGAAAGAUGGGCUGAAAUUUGGCGCCGAUACUGCGGCAUCCCGGGAUGCCCUAGCUGAGCGCCUUAAAGUAAUUUACGGUAGUACAGGCUCAGACAUUGGGUUAUUCUCCGGGCCUUUGACUGAUGGAAUGGUUUUACCAAAAUCCGAGUAUCAUCCUUCAGUCUCUUCAUUCGAUGGCGCUAUUGUCCGAUUUGAUCCCCUUUUGAAAACCGGUGCUGAUGAAACAAAGUCGAUGUUCGGAUGGCUACUGGGCUCGGAAGCCAAGAUAAAUCUUGAGAUUCAAGCUGAAAUCCCAAAGCCAUUCGACACUACUUCGUCUGUGUUGCCUUUGGAAGACCCUCUUCCAGAGACUGCCCCUCAACUGGUCGGAAUUGAUUCUAUCAUUGAACAGGCAUUGAACAACUUAACCAAAUCCUCUUCUAUCCUUCUCACUGGUGGUCUUGGUGCUGGUAAAACAGCCCUCGCUCAGCUCUUGGGUCAUCGCAUGAGGCGUGACCAUCUCUCUAACGUCAAGUAUUUCUCGUGUCGCAAGCUCGUUACCGAUGAAACGCGAAUUUCUAACAUCAAAGAGACUUUGAACCGCCUUUUCAUGUCCGCGGCAUGGUGCGCGCGUCUUGGCGGCCAGUCAGUCGUGAUUCUCGAUGAUCUGGACAAGCUUUGUCCAAUGGAGACCGAGUUGCAAGUGGGCGGUGACAAUGGCCGUAGCCGACAAAACAGUGAGGUUAUCUGCUCUAUGGUUCGAGAAUUCUGCGCUUUGAACUCAUCGGUGGUGCUACUCGCCACUGCCCAGGCCAAGGAGUCUCUGAAUAAUGUUAUAAUUGGCGGCCAUAUCGUUCGUGAAAUUAUCAGCAUGAGAGCCCCCGACAAGGAAGGGCGCCGCAGGGUUUUGGAAAAGCUUACUAGCCAAGAUAAACCCACCGAGGCGCAGAACGGGCAUGCGAGAGCUGAAAGCUCUUCGACACAGGACUCCUGGCUAGACCCUUCGAAUCCCGGGAGCCGCCCAAGUUCUUCUGGUGGCGAUGGCUUUGUCAUUGGGCGAGACGUGGAGUAUCUGGAGCUGGCUGGCAAGACUGACGGGUAUAUGCCCGGCGAUCUUGUUCUUCUCGUUGCUCGUGCGCGCAACGAGGCCCUCAUCCGCUCCGUUUCCGAUUUGACAUCAACAUCAAAGAUGAUCACACUCGGAUUGCAGGAUUUUGAAAGCGCCUUGAAAGACUUCACUCCUGCAUCCCUUCGCAACGUCACCCUUACAUCCUCAACAACUACAUUUUCCUCUGUUGGUGGUCUGUUUGAAACUCGCAAGAUGCUUUUGGAAACAUUGCAGUAUCCUACGAAGUAUGCCCCGAUUUUCGCACAGUGUCCAUUGCGACUUCGAUCUGGUUUGCUCCUCUAUGGAUUCCCUGGUUGUGGUAAGACGAUGCUCGCCAGUGCAGUUGCUGGCGAGUGUGGGUUGAACUUCAUCAGUGUGAAGGGUCCCGAGAUCCUGAACAAAUACAUUGGAGCCAGUGAAAAGAGUGUCCGUGAUUUGUUUGAGCGAGCCCAGGCCGCUCGUCCCUGCGUUCUCUUCUUCGAUGAGUUUGACAGUAUCGCGCCUAAGCGUGGUCAUGACUCCACCGGUGUCACAGAUCGUGUUGUCAACCAGCUGCUAACCCAGAUGGACGGUGCAGAAGGUCUCUCGGGUGUUUAUGUCCUAGCAGCAACAUCACGCCCAGACUUGAUUGAUCCCGCGCUCCUGCGUCCUGGUCGUCUCGACAAGUCCCUACUGUGCGACAUGCCCAACCACGAAGACCGCGCCGAUAUCAUCCGCUCAGUAAGCGAUAAACUGAAGAUGAGCGACGAGGUCGCCUCCCGCCUUGAUGACAUCGCCGCCGCGACCGAGGGCUUCUCCGGCGCAGACUUGCAAGCAGUCGUGUACAACGCCCACCUCGAAGCCGUCCACGAUGCUCUAGGCGACCGCACAACUGAAACAGCCAAGCCCGGCGCCAAGUCUGGCAAAGACUCCGCCAGUGCGUCCACCAAAUCCUUCAUCCAAUUCCUUUACUCCUCAUCCGAGGAAGCAUCCGGGUCCGUCUCCAUGCCACCGCCGGCGGUGAUCUCCGCCAAACUGGAAGCAAUCAAGAACUCGCGGCGCCGCCAACGCCAACUCGAGCAAGGGUCUUCUGGUGGUAAUGCCGCUGCCUCAACGACUAACGGCACCGAGCCGGCUGCCGACGAAUUGCGCGAAGACAUUAUCGUCCGCUGGGAGCAUGUCGAACGCUCCUUGAACACUACACGCUCUUCUCUCAGUCCGCCUGAGCGCAGACGUCUGCAGGGGAUUUACCGGGAGUUUGUGGCUGGACGCAACGGCGAAAUGCCUAACGGUGAAGCUGCUAAUGAGAUUGGGGGACGGACUAGUCUGAUGUGA